AUGGUCAUCAUAGACGAGAAAGAGAUGCUUCCGACCCCUCCACCUCCAUAUGUUGCGGUGGGCCCUCUCAAUCCACCCCCAUUCCCCUCCGGCUCUCGCAUCCCCGUCACAUUCGCAACUUUAUCAGCGCCCAUGCUGCUGCGUAUCGUGUAUGAGCUGUUUCCUUACAAGCAGGUAGAAAAGCAGCGAAAAACUCUGUACUGGCUCACUAUGUACCUGCGGCUCGUCAGCCGUUCUGUGUAUGUCGCCUGUAUGCAUGUGCUGCGCUCAACGUACCUGCCAGCAUAUGCGGAUCUUAUUCGUCCACCCUACACUACCGACCCAUUCCCUUCCGAUGCCUCAGAUAGCUCUGAUUCCAUCAUCUCGCCCAUCCAAUCCCUGUACCGCGAGCUUCAUGUACUCGAUCUCUUCCUAGCGGCGAAGGUGCGCGAAGAUGUCUGGUCGGACCAGAGCUCGCUCCAUCUCGAGCGCGAUGAGCUUCUGAAAGACAUCUUCGACCUCAUGCAGCCCCGUGCGCGCCUCGAAGAUCUCGUCCGCUCAUAUGGCAUGCGUGAGGGCGUCAUUGCCCUCUCACCGUCCUACCAGCAGUCGUUAGCGUCCCAUUCGACGGUCAGGAUCAGGCUUCCCACCGGCGUGCGCCCUGUGCAAUUCAGCCUGCUUUCCGCGUCGUUCUCGCCGAGGCGCGUAGGGCUGGUGCUCACGACGAAGGAGCGCAAACGGACCAUCGUGGAGACCCCGAGGACGCGGGAAGAGUCGCUCGAGUCGUCGGCGCGGAAGCUAGUGAAGGAGUUUAAGAUGUGGCUGUUCAGCAAUGCUCACUAUUCUAACGGCGUGAGAUAG